AUGGAGACCCGGACUGAGGACGCGCGAUCGGCCCGCCGCCCGACGCUGGCCUCUUCCUGGGAUGCCACAUGCGGGGCCCUGGCCCAGAGCCUGCAUGUCGCCCGAGAUGAUCUCGGCGCCCGGGACUCUGACCCGGAGGAGCUGCUGGCGCCGCCUACCCCGGGCCAGGAUCUGGUGAUUUUGAAGAGAAGCCUCAACAGCCAAGAUGGAAACCCCUGCUUCCUUUACCUGAGAUGUGACCCUAGUGGAGGUGAAGAAAUCGUUUCUAUUGGCAUUUUAAGUUCAGCAAGAAAUAUGGAAGUAUACUUAGGAGAGGAGUACUGUGGAACCAGUAGGGGCAAGAAUGUUUGUAAUGUUCUGGAAAACAGUGAACAUGAAAUUAUUUUCUACAAAAAAUAUUUAAAACUGGAGUCCUCCACUCUUGCUUGUAAAAUAAAGUUGCUCUCCUUUGGUGAAAAGCAGUGUGUGUUCAUCAGGAAAGUUGUGGUACAUGUGAGGCCAGUUUCAGCAAAUUCUUCAACAAGCUCUCCUGCUCUAGGGUCAAGGAUAGACCUCGAGAGGGUCCAAACCAUGAUGGCGUCCAUGGGGUCCAAGUUAUCACCUGGAGCUCAGCAACUGAUGAGUAUGGUUAAGUUUCAGCAGCAGAAUCGUGUUGCCUUUGGAGAGCAGCUUCAGUCGGUUUUGGGAAAUACCGGAUACCAGUGUAUGGUUGACCUGCAUUCAUCAGCGACAUCAGGAGCCGUUGACAAGUCGUCCGCCACACCGUUUCCUUUUAGAACUGGACUGACAUCUGGAAAUGUGGCUGAAGACUUAAAAGCUUCCAUGGAUAAAAGUACACAGCCACCUGGUGGAGGGAAUAGUACAAACCUCGAAGCGUGUAAAAUUGUGCCACAAAACCAUUCUUUUCUUGAGAAUGAUCUUAAAACUGCAGUAUCUUCUUUCUUGCCAAAGAAAGCAAGUGACAACUCCAGUAUACCUAAGUCUGAGUUGCUGCCCUUUCUCCAGAAUUUGUGUAGUCAAGUUAACCAUCUCCGUGUGGGACGUAACACCGAGCGUCCUGAAAACCUCACCAAGCCUGGUGAAGACGUUGUUGGUGUGGCAAUGGGAGAGCCACCCGUUUGCUCCUACUUGGAAAAGAUUCUUUCUAAAAAUGUGGAACUGAUGGAAAAGAAACUUAUGGACCACAUCGACCAGCGAAUCUAUAAACUCCAGGAGCACAUUGAUAACAAGAUCGCUUUGUUAAUGGACUUGCUGCAAAAUCCCAACUCCCCACCCCCUGGGACGCCUCUCAGACGUUACGACUCCGGAGAGAGACUUUCAAAUGGAGAACGAUAAGUGCUCAACAUGUCCAACGUACUGCAGAUAUUUAUUACUUAUUUAUUACAACGCCAAGCCCCGAAACGUUCAAAGCAAGUGUUUAAUGUCAUUUGAGGAUCGUCAUCCUACAUGAAGUGACCUCAGUGUUCAUUUUAACUGUACUUGUUAUUGUAAAUCCAGUACUGUACACUAAGAGUUAACGUGCUCGGGUCGUAAAUUAUUUUUGUUCGCAAUAUUUUUCACUCUUACAGAAAUUUAUGUGUACAUCUGUGUUAUUUAAGUGUUUAAAAAUUUUAAGGAUUUCUAAUACAGUUCAUAUGUGUUGGACAGAAGUAUAUUUUUUAUUUAUGAAACACCUUAUUUCAUCGUGUUAGGAGUAUGAAAAAUAAUGCUUAGAGUAUUUGAUAAUUUUUCUUUUUCUAAUUGAUUGUUCUUGGUAAAUUGGAUACGUAAGACUUGGAAUCUUUAAUUCAGAUCAUUAAUUUACAUUUUGUUUAUCUCAGAUAAUGAAGAAGAUGCAAUACUUGGCAUCUGUACAUAAACACUGAGAUCGUUACAGUAUUGUUUCAGUAUAGUGUACCAGUAAAUAGGAAAGUGCAAUCAGAACUGUUCCUGGUAGGAUUAUCACUUUAGAUUGAGUGAUGCCGAAUGAGAGAAGUCAUCUUAUUUUACAUCAAUGAACCCAGAAAGUAUAAGGAGCUCUCCUUUUCGGAGCUGACACAGGUUCUCCUUCCCAGAGGCCUUUUGUGGUGUUUACCUGUGAGGUGCUGAGGCUCUGCGUGUUAGGAGUAAGGCCUGGGACUCAAGGAGAGGGCUGUUCUCACCGGCAGACUUAACGUUCAGAAAUUAUAAGUAUCGUAUGUGUGUUGAUAUAUUUGCAUCUAAAAAAUAAAGGUGUCCACUCUGGGAA